AUGCAAAAUCAACGACGUUCACGAUCAGUAGGCGAUUUAAAUAAAGUGUAUCGAUUUAGUGGUCGAAUUUCUCGUUCUCGAGAACGUAUUCUGUUCAUGAUUGCCAAUGAACGGGAAAGAGGUACAACGAUCAAGAAGAAUCAAAGUAUUCGAAUGGAAAAUCUACGAGUGCGAAUGAGUAGAAUGACACUGAGACGACAUAAUGAAAUUAUGAAAGUUUAUUCAAAUUUGGCCCUAAGAAAACACAUCCCACCAAAGUCUAAGCGUCGACCACGUCCAGGAACAGCUCCUCAAUUACAACUACCAUCACGAAAUCGAUCAGUCACACCAUCUCCACCAUUAUUAUUCUCGAAGCCGAAACCAACUCCUCGACCUCCAUCACCUAAGUUACCUCUCAAAGUCACCAAAAUUGAUAUCAAAGAUGAUAAAGUCAUCAUUGAGAUGCAACCAACAUCACAUGAAUUUGAUCAUAAGACAAAUGACAAGAAAGACAAAAUCGAAGAGGAUGACAUCAUUUAUCCAGAAGAUAUUUUAGAUCGUCGUCCGUACAUAAUUAUCGCUCGCUAUCGACGAGCUGUGGAAAGAUCAACCAACACUGAACGAAAAAAGGUGAACUUUCGUCUGGAACCUCUGCUCGUUGGUGAAAAAGAAACAGAAACACUUAUACUUGGUUUAGAUAGUUUGGCAGAAGAACAUGGUUGUGAGUUAACAUUCACUGAUGAUGAUCAUCAAUUCGAUAAUAGUAUCUAUCGUGCAGCAUGCGGUGUAGUCGAUUUGGGUAGUAUUCAUAUGUUGGCUACGGAUUCUUUGCUGACAGCCAACUUUGAAUUCGAUAUUGAUGUUGACUUUGACCAGGAUAUUGUCCGAUCGAAGGAGAACAUUGAAGAAUUUGUUAUGGAUUUUUGUAAAUCGAUCUCAACGGUGUUGUCAUGUGAUACAAACAAUAUUCGUAUAUUCUCAAUAAAUCGAAUAGACAAAGAACAAAGAGAAUGUAAAGUGAAGUUUGGUUUGACAUCACCAGAGUGGAAGAGAACUGAACAACUUGCUCAAGAUUUACAGACUUAUGCUCUCUCUGGUUUUCCAAAUGACACAGUUCUUCGACAUGUUAGAUCAAGAGAAUAUGAAUAUACAUGGAAACCAACACUCAAAUUCUUGAAGCUACAACCAAGUGAUCUCGCACCAGAACACAAUUUCGACUACAGAGAACCUGGUGUAGUGGAAGAAGACACACGCGGAGGUUAUCCCUAUUACUUGCCAAUUGGCUGGUAUCGUCAUGCUCUUCGGGUCCUCGAUAAGUAUGAGAAAGAUCCCACUUGGAUUGGUCGUACGAAUGCGAAAGGUGAAUGGGCUGUUGCUUAUCAUGGAACGAAUGCUAAUGCAGUGACUGGCAUUGUAAAACAUGGUCUACUAAUUAGUGCUAUCAAGCGUGAUGUGAUGCGAGAUGAAGCCAUUGAACAAGGAGGAGAAGAUGCCGAUCGCCCAGGAGUGUAUGUGGCAACACAUUGUGAAGGCGGAGCAUAUCCUCAAUAUACUUUACCUUUUACAGUGUCAGUAUCUUCAUCCAAGUCCGAACGAUUCAGUUUGGUUUGUCAAUGUCGUGUGAAAACUGAGAAGUUCACCAUUCACGAAACUCCUGUUAACACAGGCAAAGCGUGGCGUUUUGUGGAUUCAAGUUCUGUACGACCCUAUGGAAUCUUGUUGAAGAAGGAAGAUUAA